GAUUGUAUGUGGACACAUCCCACUGAUUAAAAAGAUGGCGUGUCAAAGCGUUGCGCUUAUAAUAUUGAAUUUAUCGUUGGUUAAUUUUUCACACUCUAUUGAUGUACCAGUUCCUUACUGGAACAAUAUUUUGCAUCGUUUUAGAGUUCAGAAUAGCUUAGUAACUCCCAAAAAUGUCGUGACGCCUUCGCCGGAAAAUGAAUUGACCUCUCCUCGGAAUAAGGUUACGGAUGGUCCCACCCAGACAUACGAACACAGGAAGCAGCUGGACCAGGAUGGUGAUUACAUUCUGUUCUGGCGCACAAAUGACACUCACAUUACUUUUGAGACCCACGUCAAAACUCAUGGAUAUGUCGGGUUUGGAAUAUCCCGGACCGGUGGAAUGUUUCCAGCAGAUGUAGUUUUUGGAUGGGUUGCGGACGGGAAAGCGUUCCUAAAGGACUGUCACACUAUAGGGUACGUUGCGCCUAUUGUGGACACAUCCCAGGACUGGUUGCUAGAGUAUGGCGCUGAGACGGACGAGAAUACUAUACUGAAGUUUACCAGGAAGAUCGACACUUGCGAUUCUGAUGAUAUCAAAAUAACGGACGACACCGCCAAACUAAUAUUUUCUUACCAUCCGGAUGACCCCGCAUCAAUGACGUCACUUCCUUGGCACGGAACAUCUCGUCGCGGCACGAAGAGUCUCAUGCUUCUUUCUACAACUCUAUCACAGGAAGCGUCUGGCAUGCCAGAUAACGUCAUAACACACGACUUCCUCAAUCAACAUUACCUUAUUCCUCCUGUGCCCACCACAUACAGAUGUACAACCUUCGACUUUCCUGAUCUAGGGAAGAAGCAUCAUGUCGUAAAGGUCGAGGCUAACAUCCAGGAAGGUCACAGACCCUAUGUCCAUCACAUGUUACUGUACCACUGCGCCAAUAUAUCCCUUUCCUUGGCUAAUCACACGUACAUGUGUUACGACAAUGCGCCUGCUGAGUUCGUCAACUGUAGAGCAGUAUUUGCUGCCUGGGAGAUCGGAGGAGGGGCUUUUUAUUAUCCUCCUGACGUUGGCAUGUCACUUGGAACAGACAAAGAUCCAAGAUUCUUUAUUUUGGAAACACAUUAUAAUAACCAGGCCAACAUCUCGGGAAUCGUGGACUCGUCCGGUAUCAGGAUUAGUUACACUCCCGAGGUCCGGAAAUACGACGCUGGCAUGCUCAUCACGGGUUUCUUUGUCGAUCCUGCUCAGAUCAUUCCACCUUACGAGAAGAGUUUUAUUUCGAAAGGCUACUGUUCCGAACAGGAUCUUGCAAGGGGUGUUCCAGAGGAAGGUGUGAACGUAUUUGCAGUAUUACAGCACUCCCAUCUGCUAGCAAAACAGUUCCGUACUCGGGUUUUUAGAAAUGGCUCCGAGAUCGAACCAUUCGCUGAUGACAAUUACUACGAUUUCAACUUCCAAGAAUUUCAUUACCUCAAACAUGAACGUAAACUCAAAAAGGGUGACAGUAUAGAGGUGGACUGUGACUUUGACUCCUCGUCACGGACAUCUCUUACUCUGGGUGGCCUUUCUACGUACGAGGAGAUGUGUCUCUCCUUCCUGUUGUAUUACCCUCGGAUGGAUGUUGAGGCGUGUUGGAGUGUGCCGCUGUAUCAGACUGUCCACAACGACACACAUCUUGCUCAGGAGCAAAUGUAUAAAUGGGACUGGUCCAAGCCCGAAGUCCGCCGGAAGUUUGAUGUCGUCAUGAAUGAAACACUAUACCGACAUUCCUCCUUUGGAAACUUCCUUGACGGCGCGUGGCAGUUUCACGACUUUUACCCACCUCAUAGGGAAAGCCUGUAUGCCAGUCCAAAUUUAGACACAUGCUUUCCCACCCCAUAGAGAGGA